AUGUCGUCUCUGGUGUCUGACUUCCUCAUCAACCCGGUCCUCCGACAAGCUCGACGCUUUUCAGAGAUCUCGAGAUCAACCUUUGUCUCCGAACGGGACUCUUCGUCCGACCCUGUCGCCGUCCCGAGCGACGUGAAUAGUCCCGCAACUCGGCAUGCGAUUGUUGCGCCACCCGAAUCCACUCCGGCACGAUCACUCGACAUUGCGACACUACCGCCGACAGUCGACGACGAGCACCCUCAGUCUCCGGCUCCCCUAAUUCAGAGCCCCCCAUCAUACACGAUGGCCGCGAUGCCACCUACAACACGGGAAUCUCUACCCGCCGACGAUGGCAUGGGUGCGAUGCGAAAGCGUCUACUCGACAUCCAGUCACAAGAUAUCGCAGCAGACGACAAGGCCCGGCUUAUGCAUGAGGCUUUGAUGGAGGGUUACCGCAAGUCUCGAGACGCUCCCCGCCAAGGUAACGCGCCGGCAGCCAGCGUGAUAGCAGCAGGGGAAGCAUGGGAACAGUCAGUCCCGAUUGCACCUCUCGAGUCGUUAAAGUUUUGGCAACAUGCGAUAGGGGAGCCGUCCUCGCCAGAAAAGUUUAUCCUGACCGCCGACGAUGUUCGGCCCACGUACGCGGCCGCAAAGCUUGCUACAAGAGAAGAACCCGAGGGUGCUGUGAUUCUUGGCUGCCAACAUUACCGCCGCAAUGUCAAGCUGCAGUGCUCGACUUGCGCCAAGUGGUAUACUUGUCGUUUUUGCCAUGACGCAGUCGAGGAUCACACUCUUGUCAGGAAGGAAACCAAGAAUAUGCUCUGCAUGCUUUGCGCCACGCCCCAGAAAGCAUCAGACGUUUGCGUGAACUGCGGGGAGACUGCAGCCCGUUACUACUGCAACAUGUGCAAACUGUGGGAUGACCAUCCAUCCAAUCCCAUUUACCAUUGUAACGACUGCGGUAUUUGCCGACGAGGAAGAGGCAUCGGGAAGGACUUCUUCCAUUGCAAGAAAUGUUGCGCAUGCAUAUCGAUAUCUAUUCAACAGUCACACAAAUGUAUCGAACGCUCAACGGACUGUGACUGUCCUAUCUGCGGAGAGUACAUGUUUACAUCUCCCAAGCCAGUCGUGUUUAUGGGGUGUGGUCACAGCAUUCACCAGAAGUGCUACGACGAGCACAUGCUGAGAUCAUACAAAUGUCCCAUUUGCAACAAGAGUUUGCUCAACAUGCAGAGCCAAUUCCGCCAAUUAGAGCUGGCUAUACUUGCCCAGCCAAUGCCCCCUGAAUUCAGGGACACCCGCGCCACAAUCUUGUGUAACGACUGUAGCGGGAAGAGUUCCGUCCCUUACCACUGGCUCGGUCUAAAGUGCGCGAUUUGCACUUCUUACAACACGGUAGAAAUUCAGAUCAGCGGCGGAAGAGAAGAGACGCACGCGACACACGCCAAUCACGUACCCGUCACGCCGGCAGCAGUCACGCCGGCUCUUCUAUCUCCUGCGCUUCCUACCCCCGUAACGACACAAGCGGCGGCUGCUCCGGCAGGAAUGGACAUACCGCAGGUCGGCAGGCGACGACAUUCGUCUCAUGCUGGUCCCGAGGCACGUCAUCUAAUGUUGGAUCGCUUUGCCAGGUCAGCCUCGCCAGCAGUCACACCUGGUAUGCCACCACCAAACGCACCAAAUGCUGCCAUCGAGGAAGAAGAAGACGAAUCAGAGAAUGACAUUCUCAACUUAUGGGGACGGGGUCAUGGUGACUCGGACAGCGACACCAUGUCGACAGACGUGGACGAAGAAGACUCGGAGGGAGAGGACGAUGACGAUGACGAUGAUGAUGACUAUGAGAACGAGAUCAUGCUCAUCGGACAUCGGUAA